UUGUGUUUCAAAAAAGAUAAAUAAAUCAGCGUGGAGGCUGAAAGUCGGUUUAGUCUCGGUAAAUCACGUGGACUUCAAUCAGGUUUGUGCACGAGCGCCGGCUCUGGUGGAAAUGUCUCCCGGAAUGAAUGAAGCUGUCCCAUCUGCGGCUGCAUUGCAGAAACAAACACCAUGGUUUUGCCCCGUCAGCGCUUCACAUUGUUGCUGAUUCCUUCAGGACGUUUCUGCCAACUUUAAGAUAGACAGAGAAGCAGAGCAGUAUUGCAAGGACCAUGCUCAGCAUCCUAGCAGCCGGCUCCAUAUUCUUCCCAGGCCUUUUCCUGCUGUCGAAGCGAUGUCUGAAACACGCGCCAGGGCUGAAGUGGAGCGAGGCCGACGCUGUCAUCGUCUCCGCAAGGCUAGUGUCCUCCAUUCAAGCAGUCCUGGCUUCCUCAGCAGGGUUCAUCAUUGCAUCAUCAUGUGAAGACAUCAUCGAGGACCAGCAUUGGCUCACUAGCACCUACAUCCUGUUUGCGGUCCCUUAUUUUAUCUAUGACAUUUAUGCCAUGUUCCUGUGCUACUGGUACAAGAUGCAAGUCAAAGGUCACGAGGAGGACGCACCGAAAAUGAGCACGGCCAUUCGCAGCUACCUGUGGCGAGAGUUUCUCAUGGUGCUUCAUCAUGUUGUCAUGGUUACUGUCUGCUUCCCUGUGUCUGUGUUCUGGCGACAAGGAAAGGGGGAUUUUUUCCAAGGUGUCAUGUUCCUAGCUGAACUCAGCACUCCAUCUGUUUGUCUGGGAAAAAUACUCAUUCAGUACAAGCAGCAGCACACUCUCCUUCAUAAAGUUAACGGAGCAGUCAUGCUGAUCACUUUUUUCGUCUGUCGAGUUCUUCUCUUCCCCUACCUCUACUACACCUAUGGCAGGUAUGCGGAUAUCCCCCUGUACAUGGUGCCGCUGUCCAUUCCGUGGCACUGUAACAUGGGUGCUGCUCUCCUCAUGGCUCCUCAGGUGUACUGGUUCUGUCUGAUCUGCAGAGGAGCCUUUCGCCUGUUCACCCGGGCUUCUCGCCAUCAUCGUCCCUCAGUCAGUAGGGACUCUGAGCCCAAAACCCCCAUCAUGCCUCCAGCCAAUGGUUACAGCCCCCGUGACACAGAAAGAGAGCCUAACACACACUGAGAGACACAGAGGGGCUGGAAGCAAAAAAAAAAAAAGGCACAGUGGCUGUUUUUAGGCCUCAGAUAUAACAGGAAACCUGAGGUUAAAUACUAAUAUAUUACAAAUAGUAAAUGUCCUGCUGCUCCAUUAGGUGAGGAAGAUAGAAGACAGGGGCAGAGGAAUCAGAGGGAGAAAGAGACAGAUGAUCACCUCCAUUCUUUAUUUCCCUCAGAGGAAUUGCAAUAGCAUGCUAAUAAAGCCUGUUUCAUACUCCUGAUGUUAAACCUCCUGAUGCGGACAGAUGUUCGGAUUGUAUUUGUCAUCCCAGUUAUAAUCCAUGACUGAAUUUCAGACCGUUGGGGAAGGGGUAUGUAAUAUAAUGUAAUGUACACAAGCACUUAUCAUUUGUACAUUGCCAUUAUCGUCCUAGUUGCAGAAACAACAGGUGAAAGCUGUGGGCAUGUUAGUAUUCCAAACUGCUGAACCACCAUUAACAGAAAUGUGAUGAGUGAAUGAUGGAGAGAUGGUUCCAUCUCUUUAAUUUCUCCUUCCUAGCCCAGUCUCUCUGUCUCUUCAGUUUAAUAUUUCAUAGAAAGAAUAGGGAACAGCUUUUCUG